AAGAGAGAGAGAGAGAGAGAGAGAGACAGAGGUGACUGUAGAGUGAUGGGACCCGGCUGAGGGAACAGCAGCGCGCGAUCACUCUCCGAGCUGGUAAUGACAGCAGGUAGACGGAUGUGAAGGAUGACUUCUUGCUCAGAGAUCUGUGGGUCGGAGUAUGGUGAGCAAGCUCAAGCCAGUGGGAACUGCCAGCAGUAUGGAGUCCGCUCCUACCUACACCAGUUUUAUGAGGAGUGCACAGCUUCUAUCUGGGAACGUGAUGAAGAUUUUCAGAUUCAGAGAUCGCCGAGCAGGUGGAGCUCUUUACUCUGGAAGGUCUGUCUUGCGUUCGGGACCUUGAUCUUGUUUGCGGGCCUCAUUGUUGUUUUGGUGGGUUACGCCACUCCAUCCAGGAUCGAAGCCUUUGGCGAGGAUGAUCUCCUUUUUGUUGACAGCCAUGCUGUCAGUUUCAACCGUGCGCUGGAUGUUUGUAAGCUGACUGGUGCUGUGUUGUUCUGCGUGGGAGGCACAUCCAUGGCCGUGGGUCUCCUGCUGUCUGCCUUUGCCAAAAGCUACUCCAAAGAAGAACUGUACCUGCAGCAGAAGUUUAAGGAGAGGUUGGCGGAUCUGCACGCAACAGUUGGUACCCCCAUAAUGAGAGCACCGACCCCCGGUGAGGGAAAGGUGCCAGUCACACUCUCCAAAGUCCAGAACAUCCAGCCAGUGAAGUCAGAGACCUGACAGAUGAUGAAGUCCAGAAGAAGGCAUACAGUGAAGAAGUGUGUGUGAUGAUUGAUUGAUUGAUUGAUUGACUGAUGUGCAGGCUGUGUGCGAGUACGAACGUGUGUGUGUGUGUGUGUGUGUGUGUGUGUGUGUGUGUGUGUGUGUGUGUCAAAUUUGCGUGUGCAUUUUCUUCGAAAGGUCAGCUUACAUGACUGAUAGUAUUGGUUCUUCAUCUUUAUUUGCCAUGUUUGACAUUAAAGCUUUGUUUUAAGGUUACACAGGUGCAAAGUUUAAGCCUUCUGCUUGAACAUCACUUGCAUGACGUUCAUACCAAUCUGACGAAGCACAUGCAGGUCUUGAGCCCUACCCAGAAAACAAACCACAGAAACAAAUCAAUAGAACGCAGCCACUGAACAACAACAGCACCGUUGCUUCCACUGAGUGUUUUUCUGUCGAGGGGAUUCACAUUUUGUAAAAGAGGAUGGUGUUACUGCUGGAGGGUGUAGAGCAGCAGAUGCAGUGUUGUUUGAAGUUAUUGGUGAUUGCCCCCCCAUUGCCUGAAAAUGAUCAAAAGAAGCACGGAACAUAACAACCAUUAUCUCUGCCUGGUGUCUAAAGGGACAUCAGUGGACGAGUGUUUCUAUGUGCAGAAUACUUUGUGUGUGCAGUGCGUAGUGCUACUUCAUUACAACACUCAGUGAGAGCUGGCAAUCGCAUACACACAAUGCAGUUACGUCUGCUGAAUACUUCUUUUAUGCUGCGUGCAACAACAAGCCGAGAGAAGUCUUGACGGAUACUUUGCUAGGCUUUCACACAUCAUCAGAACAGAUUAGAGAUAAACACAGAUUAGAACAGACCUUCAGGCUAGAUUUCACACUGACAUUUUCCUCUGUCUUAAUAGGCCCCUGACCUUGUCUCCUUCAAUGAAUCUUCAGACGGGAUCGAUAGCCGAGACCAGAUUGAUGAGAGGUACACUGAACCAGACAGGACAUGCAGAACAAAAUAGUCUGUCACUUAAAUUGGAAGCAGACCUGUCAUAGUGGUAUUAUUGUUGGCAUCUCUGACAACCGGAUCGCUUUCGAGCCUAACUACCACAGUUUCCACCAUCCUCCAUUGAUGUUACUGGGGGCAGAAACCGUAAAGAACUUACAUGUAUUCUAUUUGGUAACUGGGGAUAGCUGCCGAUAGCUACCAGGGACAACAAAAGUACUAUCCUCUUCCUGUUUUGAUUGGCUCACACACUUCCUGUGUGAUGUAAAUCAAGCCUUGGUUUUCCCGAGAGAUCGUACCCGAUGGCAGACAACAUUGCAUAGUGAAAGCGAGGCUUUUAGGAAACCAGUCUAAACGCAGAUGAUGUCAUUAUUCCAUAGCCAUUACAUUGUGCAAUCAGCAUUUCAUAAUGAUAAGUUGAAGCAAAAAACAAUUUCCACUACACUUUUUGCUCUUCCUUUCUUCAUCUCCUCCUCUCCCUGUGACAAACCCAAGCACAUAGACACACCACUAUCAAUCCAAGCAUGAACAUUUUGCAGCUAGCAGUCAUGAGCUGGUUAAAGAAAAAAGCGCUGCGUGCCGAAAUGAAGAUGGAGCAAUGCAGGUGCUGUGUGUCAAAGUGAAGCCGGAGCAAGGGCGCGUCAAGCGAGGCAAACAACGUGACAGAUUAUGUUACAUAACAGGGGGGGAUGAGGAGAGCGCAUUCAGCUCUCCAGUGAGAUCACAUCAGCUACAUCGUGUUUGACAGCGCUCAUUGUUUACAGUCCGCCUGGGUCCACGGAUGCUUUCAACACAAUAACUGCCUUCCUGUGCUCACACUCAAAACUUGAAGCUACAUUUGUAACUAAGGUGAACAGCAUACAAUAAGUAUGUAUCACCAAGCUUGUUUAUUUUAUUUCUGUAUUGAUUAUUUAGUUGGUUGCAUAUUCAGUUGCAUCCUACAUGAGAAACAGAAGUUAUGUCUUGGCACUCACAUGCGCUGUAACUGUAACUUACAAGCACAAUAAGCUGUUAAUGGUCAUGUUUUGCUGCUCUAUGAAGAACUGUCUAAAUGUAUUUUAAAUAUAUUUUUAAAUAUUGUGACCAUGCCACUUUAAAUGUCAGUUUGUUGUUUUGUUUGCUUGUUUAUCUUUUGAAGUCAUUGCACAUAGACAGAACAUAUACUGUAAAAAAUAUAGCAUUUUACUGUACUUAGUGAUAACAAUUAUUAUUAUUUUUUUUUUUUUAUUGUGGUAGUCGCAAUCCAAGUGCCAUCAAGCUACAUGCCUCCUGCUGUGCGUCAAUGCUGCAGGUCUUUCCAAACAAUUUAUCCUCGUCGAAUCCCUGCAAAGACAACGCCAGAUGCAUACUGUAAAAAAUAAUAUAUUCUUAUAUACUGUUUAUAUAAAAAUAUAUUAUAUGAGCUAUUGUUAUGCUGGCUACCUGUAUGUUCAUGUAAGUUGACCUUUUCAUAUUAUUCCAACAACCCCCCCUCUAUUCUGUGAUGUUACUUUAACACAUUUGGUCUCUGAUACAACACAAACAUGUAGCUGUAGCUAUGAAGAACAAUUUCAUUU